AUGUCUGACACUCCAUCCUCUCCAGCCCCGUCAACCGGACUAGGACGCGCAAUCCCCCUCCCAACGCAAACGCUCUCCUUCCACACCACCUUCCUCCCCGCAAAAAUGAACGGCCCGGACUGGACCGGCAUAGCCCUCACAGGUAAAGUCCCAUCGCUCCUCCCCAAACGCCCGCGCCAACAAGCCGACGAAGCCCUAAACAUCAUGGCGGACAUCUCGCGGACGAUCAGCAGGGCGGGCUGUGCGAAUUUCGCAAUCAUGCUUGGGUUCUGGGCGCCGAGUGCGAGUUGGCUGCUGUAUGUGCGUGCGACGGAGCUUGCGAACCUCCCUUCGUCGCAUACGCGGGGCAGCACGUGGAUUGAAGACAUCAGGCGGAAGGUUGCCUCGUAUGUGCCCCAUGAGGACCUCGAGGAAAUGGAAAUCAAUAACCGGUACUCGAUCCCGUGGCACUAUCCGCAUACCGGGAAAUGGAUGCAUCUAAGCCUUUUCGUUGUGUAUCGGGGUGUCCCAUUUGUCGUGCAGCGUGAUGGGAAGCUGAAUGUGGAUGAGUGGAGGGGGGUCAUUGCGCUCAAGGAGCAUGAUGAAAAGUACAAAGGCAGGUAUCUUUCGCCGAUGAGGUUGGCGCCUAGUGAGGCUGUUCCUGAUAUUGAGAGGGCGCUUAAGGAGUUGGUUCGUUCGAGAGUUGGGAAGGUUGUUCGGCGGUUGUCGAGGUGA